CCGUCGACUUUCUGACCUUGUAUGGUGAGAAUUAACAACUUCCUUCCUUUAGGGUAAGAUUUUGGGAAUUCUCAUGGAAAUUCCACCUUACCAGCUUGGUUAAUGGAAAUUGGGUUCAUAAAUAAAAAAUUGGUUAACUCGAUGUAAUGAUCUUCUCUUUAUUGAGCAGUAAGAUUGGAAGCUCUUGUUUCGAAUCGAUUCAACCCUCAAAUCUGAGAGUUUUGGAUCCAUAUUAUAAGUCAAGUUUGGAGCUAUGGUGUGGUGUAACCAUUGUGGGAAGAACGUUCCCGGAAUACGCCCCGAUGAUGGUGCAUUGUCAUGUGAUUUAUGUGGCAGGAUUUUGGAGAAUUUCAAUUUUUCUACUGAAGUUACAUUCGUUAAGAAUGCAGCUGGACAGAGCCAAGCUUCUGGUAACAUAGUGAAGAGUGUUCAGAGUGGGAUGUCAAGCUCACGUGAAAGGAGAAACAGAAUAGCUAAAGAUGAGCUUAUGAAUUUGAGAGAUGCUUUGGGAAUCGGUGAUCAAAGAGAUGAUGUUAUUGUCAUGGCUUCUAAGUUCUUUGGAAUGGCACUUGAUCAUAAUUUCACUAAAGGCCGUAGAAGCGAGCUAGUACUGUCUUCAUGUCUCUACUUGACUUGCAGUGCUACCGGCGCCGACAGGUUCGCCGUACCAAGUAACUCCGGCGGUCCCCGAUCCAGCAACAUCUAUAGUCUCAUUUUGGCAAUAACAAAACUUUAGUGAGACUGCAAAAAGAGCUAAGAGAACGAAGUAUCUAUGUGAUGAUGAUGCCAUUGAUCUAGCUACCUUGUUUUGUAUAAAAAAGUUUUUUUUAU